AUGUUGACGGGUUUAAUUCUUCUAUCGCUUUUUGUGCAGUUAAUGGCAGCGGAAGAUGAACUCGUUUUAGUGCAUACACAGGGAAUCAGGCAAGCCAAGUUGCUCGGCAAAAUCCUUCGCUCAAGAUAUGUUGAGACGGGAUUUCUUGAUGAGCGAAUGCUUCCGGACGAAGUACUUUUCCGAAGCAGCUCAGCUGAAAGAUGUUUAAUGACGAUCGAGAAUGUGGGAAUGGAAAUGUAUCCAACUGCAGCGCCUCCAAUUAUCACCAUGCCUCGGGAUGAUGAUUAUCUACUAGUCCCGAAGUACACAUGCCCACACAUUUUGGAAGACUAUCGCAAAAUUUUUAAUUUGACGGACGAAGAGUUUGAGAGAUCAAAAUAUCAACCGUGGGAAAUUAGUGAUAUUGCAAUGAAAAGAGCGCAAAAGAAAACGACAAUAUUGAAAGAUAAAGUUGGAUACAACAUUCCAGCACUAAUUUUAGAAGAGGAACAAGGCUUGUCGGUUCCAGUAUGGUUUAAUAGAACUGCACAGAAAGAGGCCCACUAUGUUUUCUACCAUGUAGAAGUUUUUGAUAACCAUUGUACAUUGCUUCUAAUAAUUAUUAAGGCUAUCGCAUCACUUUCCGGAUCUGCACCUUACUUUAAUCCUUCCUGGCUCCGACCAAAAUCAGGAUAUCUUUUGUACACAAUUUUUAAAAGUUUGCAAGAAGGAGCCAAAUGUAUUCGAUCAGCAAAAAGUAAUUGUGCGGAAUCUCAAAAGAAAUUUUCAGCUUAUAGCUCGCACGAUACUUUAAUUGUCUCAUUGCUCGAAAGUCUUGGUAUUCGGGUGGCUGCUAUUGGCAAUGACACAUCACCAGAUUUUUGCUCAACGGUUAUUUUUGAAUUAUGGAAUAUCAAUGGAGAACCUAUGAUUAAAGUUUUUUAUAGAUCACAGCCUAAUGAAACAGAAAUUGUUAAUUUGACACCAUUUGUGAGAAAUUGCGCAAAUAGCAGCGAACUUUGUCCAGCAGAAAUCUUUGUAUCUUGUUGCGAUGAGUUCAUAACUGCGGAUCCUCAAAAAGAAUGCUGGGGAAGCCAAAAUGGAUCGCAAAUAAACUUGCUUUCCGGAAUUAUGAUCGGAGUAUCUGCUGUAUUACUCAUUAUCAUUAGCAUAUUGAUUGUUCUUCUAGUCUUGAAGAAAAGAUCGGCCAAAGACACGCAAAAUUGUUAA